AUGGAGAAUCUUCCUCUUUCGUCUCCGUCUUCCGUCCUCACUCCAGGCAGCGACAUCAAGCCAAUCAUCGACAGAUACUCGGCCAAGGGUCUCCUCCACAAUACUGACAUCGAUCCAACCGAUCCCGCUCUCACAAGUCUCACCCAGGUGUUGCGCGAUGGAGGAACCCUCGAUCAAGCCGGUUGGAGUGCGAGGUCACUCUGGCUAACUUCCAUUUCACUGCCAGAGCUUGGUGCAUUCGACGGACACAAGGCCUAUCUACUAGCUGGUGGAGAAUACCAAGGGCCGUUGAAGGAGGACUUGGAGGAAGAACCCAACGACGACAAGUCCCAAGCCAUCUUCGCUGUUUCCCAUGGUCUUAUGUAUGCCGGCUGUUAUGCUGAGGCUUACCUGAUGAUCUCGCUGAAAACCAACUUCCUCGAGGCGCACGGCGAUCAGGAGAAGCAAAAGCUGAUCGAUCUGAAACUAGCCGCAGGGGACGCCUUCGAACAAGCCAUCAAGCAGCACAGCCAACAGUAUGCGCAAGCGACCAAACAGGGAAUACAGCAACACUUCGCGUUGGACGAUGAAUUGCAUAAUUUCAUGCUUAUACCGGCCAUUCGCGACGGGAGAGUUCGUGUCACCAAGUAUCCUCUGAUACCAGAGGAGCUCUACGGUCUUCAAGCAUCUGCAUUCGGUCGACUCAACUUCGAACUCAAGAUCCUCUGCAAAGUGCCCGGGUCCUGUGUCAUUCAGAAGAGAGCGCCUCCGUCCAAGGAAGGCAGCUCGACCGAAGGACCUGGCUCCCAAGCAGGCUAUGGUAUCCAUGUCACUAGAGACAUCCCACGAGGCGCACUUCUCUUCAGCGAACGUACCGAACUCUACUCGCCCACGCAUUCAGAUGACCUGAGGCCAUGCAAAAACUGCGUUCUCGAUGUCCCCGAAAACCGCCAGGCAGACGGCACGUACGAGUACACGACGUCUUUCUGCAGCAACAGUUGUGCGAGGAAGUUUGCACGGUUCGUUCACGUCCCGGAGCAGCUCUUUCGCAACGUUCUCCAAGACACAGUCCAAUGGGUCAAUCAGAAUCCGGGGCGGCACCCGCUGACUGCGCCUGGCAUCGCUACACUCAAUGCCGACUACGGUGGUGCGAUGUACGUCUCCUACGAUCGGCACAUCGCAGCUGCCAUUGACGAGCUUCAGCGCGGGGAUAUUGACGUCUAUUCUGGAGCUGCCUGGGAUGGUUGUGUGGUGAUGGAAAUUCUGGCGCGUGUCCAGAAUAACUCACGAGCCUUCGAUGUUGAUGAGGAGGUCUGUUUCGUUGCGCUAACCCGUCUCUUCUCACUCAUCAACGAUGGGCCGGCGAACGUCACAUUCACCUGGAGAACAGAUGGUGCGGCUGCGACGGUGGAGGUCACUGCCAACCGUGAUCUGAGGAAUGGAGAGGAGUUGUUGAUCGGUCCUGUCUAG